GUGUGUUUUUCAGUAUGCAUGACAAAGAGCAAGAAGCAAUGAAAGAAGGAAAUAGAGUAAUGAUAAGGAGUAUGUUCACACUCCAGUAAAUCGCCAUGAAGUUUAAAGUCCUGUUCUAUUUAUGGUUGUUGGGCCUAAUAAAGCCUGGCUCCUCUGCAGAUGUAUCUGUGUCUCCGGGCUCUUCAGCUGUCCUCAACUGCUCCUUUACACUGCCGCCUCUAGUUGAUGAUUCACUCUUAAACAUCACCUGGUCCUUCAAUGGUUUAGUCCUUGCCUCAAGGAACCACACUCAACCGGGCUUCUUCUUGAACACCACUGCCUCCUUCAUUGGCUCAUUCCCACUGACUGUUUACAAUGCCACUCCAGACCAGCAGGGGGUGUAUGAGUGCAGGGUGAGCUACAAUGAAACCAAUUACUCCACAGAUGUGACUCUGACAAUAUUAGUUCCUCCACUGGUCUCCAUCAUCUUACCUGAAGUAGUUUUGAAAAGAAAAACUAUGGUUGAAUGCUGGGCAAGGAGCUUUAGCCCUCCACAAAUCAUGUUUACCUGGACAAGAGCUGGAAACAAAAUCCAAGUACCCCAAAAGCUCCAAGUGAACCAUACAGAGGAUGGGCUGUAUGAUGCAGUCAGCUGGCUGACAUUCUUCCCUCAAAUCUCUGACCAGAACACAAGCUUUGGCUGUGAGGUGCAACAUACAGCCUUGGUGAAACCCAUCCUAGAAGAGUUCACGCCACACAUCAUAGUUCUCCCAAAUGUCACUCUCUCUGUGGUUCCCUCCACUUCCCACUCCUCUCCACUCACCCUCUCCUGUGACGUCAGUGGAUUCUACCCUGACAACGUAUCCAUUUUAUGGAUCCAGAAUGGAAAGGUUCUUCCCAACCUUCCUCUGUCCAUCCAAAAUGAGGAAGGAAUGUAUAGGAGACAUCAGUAUCACACCCUGAGCGUGGAGGAGAGAAGCAGAGGAGGAGAGGUGCAGUGUGUGGCCCAGCAACCCAAUGUGGAAGAACCUGCCUAUGGAACUAUUGCCCUAUCCAUUGUUGACCCACAUGUGCAAAACCCAGGUCUGAAUAAGUCAGCCAAGGCUUCGGUAGCAAUGAUGAUAAUUUCACUCACACUGGUUUUUUUGCUCUGCUUUGGAUUUUCUUGGAAGAGAAGGGAUGAGAAGCUGAAGUCUCUGAAUGUCUCAGCGAUUGUUCUGCCACCCAGGGUGGUUGUGGGUAAGAAAGGCAGAGUCACCAUCAGUGUGGAAGGCAGAUUGGCAGAGAGGGUACAAACUACAUGGUUUCUGAAUGAUGUUCCCAUCACAGACACAUCAUACAAAGAGAAAAAAUAUGGUCCUUUUUGCUCAGCAGCCUACACUCCUCGCACCUCUCAUGUAUCUGUGGUGUCAGAGAAAAGUUCUCUGCUGCCCUCUACUGCCUCAGGAUAUUACAAGCUACAUACUCAGAUGUCACCUCGCUCGCCCUCCAACUCAAUGAAACAACUGUUCUCCUCCGUCACAUUUAUACCCAACCUGUCCAUUCACAAGGGUGCAAUCUUCAAAUGCCACAUCUCAUAUAAGGGGAAAGACAAGAUUGUGGCUGAGAGAGUGUCCGACAAGUUUACUAUUUUAGCACCACCUGACGUUUCAGAGAUCCAGUUCUCAGAGGCAAAUGAAGAAGGAGGUGUUGUGACAAUGACAACCCAGGCCUCUCACUUUCAUCCGGACAUCAUCACCUUCCGCUGGUUCUGUGAAGGUGGGGAGCUGAGCCCUGUGUCCUUCCCGCAGGCGCUGGCAGCCCCUCGGCCUGAUGCUGAAGGCUUCUUUUCGGCCAUGAGUCAGUGCAGACUGCCCACAGCAGAGCUAGAGAGAGGAGAAACCAGAGUGUGGGUCGCCGUUCACCACACGGCCCUAAAACAGCCCAUCACACGCGAAACUAGAGGGUUCAUAAAAAAGCCCACCGUUUCAGAGAUCAUCUCCUCUGCUCUUUCGUCUGCUGAGGAGGGACCUUUGACCCUUGCCUGCGACAUAACUGGUUUCUACCCUCUUGAAAUCUCUGUCAAAUGGCUCCAUCUAAAAGGAAAUUGGACUGAGGAAGGAGAGGGCAGAGAAAGGGAAAUCAAAGAGGGAGCUGAGUUUUGGGGCCCUCUGCAAACUCUGUCGAGGACAUUUAGAGCUAAAGCAUUACUUAAAGAGCUGGAUGAGACGGCAAGGGGAGGUGAGAUCGUUUGCAGAGUGACACACUGCUCCCUCCUGAAGCCCAUUGAGAGAGUCUGGAGAAAUACUCAUAUCGUUGCUCCCUCCAUCCCUCGUUCUCUGUCGGUUUGCUGGAGAGGAGAUGGUGUGGGAAUAUUCUCCGUUCUUCUCUCUGGAGGAAAACCCACGGCUGAAGUUCUCUGGGCUGCUGGUGGCAUGACCGUCUCCAAGCUUUGGUCAAGAGAGAGCGAGGGAGUAAACAGUGAGGGGAAACCAGAGCUCAAGAGCGUUUGUGUUCUGGUGAGAUCUACAGGACGACAGGAAAGUGACAGUCGCAGAGGAGGACAUGCACGCAGAAUCAGGCCGCCUAGUGUGGACUGUAAUGGCGAAUGUCAAAAGAUGAACGAAUGUGCGAAUGGAAUGAAAACAGUACUAGAGGACAAACAGCUGAAUGAGCAUAUUGAGGAGAAUGAUGAGGAUGUGGAUCCAUUCUAUAUAAACACUGUGAGACUGAGGAAAGAGAAGAAAGAGAGUCUGAGAGUUACUGUGGAAAUUACCCAUCCUGCACUGAGAUUGCCCGCGUAUCUUACCUGGACAGAGCCUGCUGAGGAAGCGUAAUCGUGACUCACAGUUAUUUUGAAAUCUACAUCUUCUUUUGACACCACCCCACCCCCACCUAUGAGCUUGUAAAACUUUAUACUUAAGUUUUGCUUUUGUAUUUUUUUCCUUAAAAAAAAAUUAUGUUUUCUUUUACUACUAAUAUGAUGCAUGAAACACAAUAUUAGGUAUUCACUCUGAAUUAUCUGCCAUCAAUUUUAAUUAAAUAAACUCUUUAAAAUAAA